AUGGAAAAGUAAACUAAUAUCAUUAAUAUUUAUUUAUAUUAUUAAAAUUUAGAUGAAUAAGGAGUAGAUGAAGGAGGGCCAAGAAGAGAAUGGUUUAGUUUAAUUUUUAGUAAAUUAUUGAAUCCGGAUUUCGGUUUAUUUAUAUAAAAUAAGAAGAAUUAUACGUAUAUGCCGAAUCCUUUUUCGUUUUUGAUACCUAAUCAUUUAGUUAUUUUUAAAUUUUUGGGAAUUUUAUUAGGAAGAGCUUUUAUUGAAAAUCAUGCGGUUUAAGCCAAUUUCGCGGUUCCUUUUAUAAAACUUUUUUUGAAAAAAAAAUUUUUAUUUCUGAUUUAGAAGAAAUUGACCCUGAAUAUUAUUAAAAUUUAAAUUGGAUGUUAUAAAAUUCUAUUGAUGAUAUUUUCGAGCAUUCUUUUACGUAUUUUUUAUAUAUUUUACAUGUUAUAUAUAUAUUACUUUAGAUAUAUUAAGUAGUUUGGAGGAUAAAAUAUAGAAAUUGAAUUAGAAUAGAACGGAAAAAAUAUAAAAAUAAAUGAUUAGAAUAAAAAAAAAUAUGUGAAAUAAAUCUGCCAUUCUCAACUUAUUAGAGAAAUAUAUUAUUAAUCAUAUGCUUUAAUUACAGGAUUUGAAGAAAUUGUUUCUUCAGAUUUCAUAUAUAUUCUAGACGAAUAAAUGCUUUAAUUUAUUUUUAGUGGAAGUCCUGAAAUUUCAAUUUAAGAAUUGAAAGAAAAUAUAACAUUAGAUGGAUAUACAAAAAAUGACAAGCAAAUAAUUUGGUUGUUUGAAAUAUUAGAAACAUUUAAUAAUUAUGAAAAAUCAUGUUUUGUAUUUUUCAUAACAGGAAGUAUGAAUCUGCCAUAUGGUGGUUUUAAACAAUUUCCAAUAACAAUAUCAUUAACUUUAAGGACAGAUAGAUUACCUGUAGCACAUACAUGUGGAAAUUAAAUAGAUUUACCAAAUUAUUUUUCAAAAGAAAGACUUGAGGAUGCCUUAAGGAAAGCUUUAUUUGAAUCUUCUGGAUUUGAAUUAGCAUGA